AUGUUUCCAGAGAUCUGUUCAAACGCAAUAAGCAAAAUUAAACUAGGGUCUGCAAACGCGGGCGGCGGGCAGGGUGCGAGCCCCACGCCGGCCCUCGCCUCUCCGGCGAGCCACCCUCGGCCGCAGCCGCCCGCGCCGCCCUUCCGAGCCGCCUCGCUCCACCAAGCCGUCCUAGGGCCCGACGCGCGGAACCUCCGCACCAACGGGACCCGACCAACCACGCGGGCGGGCCGGCCCCGCGCACCGCCGCUCGGAGCCCGGGAGGGGCGCGCGCCGCGAGCACGCCACGCGGCUCCCCGCGCUUCCCCGCAGGGCCGAGCCUCCGCGGGCGCCUCUCCCGCUGCCACCGGGGGCACCUCCGCCGGCGAAGAACAAAAGCGCCCGCGCGAGCCACCUUCCCACCGCCCGAUCCUCCGCCCGGCGCCCCCGCCCGCCCCCGCGCCGCGCCCCGCCGGGCCGCCGGGCGCCCUGGCAAACACGUGCUCGGCCGCCUUCAAAUGCCCUACAACUUCCUUCCAGCGCGCGACCCGGACCCGCGAGCGCCCGGCCCGGCGCCCGCGCGGCUCCCCCGCACGUCGGCCCGAGCGCGCGGGCCGAGCCCCCGGCCAGGCGCCGCCCGGCCCCCCGCGCUCCCCCGCCCCCGGCCGCCGCCGCCGCCGCCGUGACACAUGGCUGGCCGUCCCCGCCCGGGCGCCGGCGACCCCCGGCCGCCCCGUCGGGCGCGGGCGGAGCGGUGCCAGCCCCCGCCCCGCGCCCGUCCGCGCGCCGACUGCGGCGCCGGGCCGCCGGGCCCCGCACACACACCCCCACGGCGCCCCCGGGGCCCGACCCCGGGCCGGGGCCGCGCAAGCCCGGGAGCGGGGCCCGGGGCGGAGGGGGCCGCGCGGGCGUCCCGAGGACCUGCCCGGCGCGACGCCCGCCGCCGCCGCCCGGCCGGCCAGCGCCCCCGGGGCCCGGCGCGCGGCCGCGGGACGGGGCCCCCGCGCUCUCCGCCCACUCCCGCGCCGCGGCCGCGGCCACGACAGCACCAACUCCGCCGCCGCCGCCCCGAGCGGCGCAGACAAAGCCCGAACGGCGACAGCACAUGGAGGGCAGGCGGAAGUGGCGCGCGGGCCGCGGCCUGCUCCCCGCCGCCCCGCCAACGUGCCGCGCACCCCCCUCGGAAUCCAUUUUCCAGAAAAGCCGGGUUCGCCCCGCGCCGCCCUCCCCCGCCGCCCCCCGCGCACGCCACAAUGUCAGGGCGCCGCGCUCGCCUCCCGGCCCCGGGUCCCCGCGGCCGUUACCUCGCCGUCGGGCUGCGGCAGAGGAAUCCUGUCCGAGGAGCUGCGGCUGCGGGAGACGCGUGCUCGCGGCUCCCUGUGUCCGGCGCGAGUGGAGCUGUUGUAA